AUGGGUUCCUCCAGAAAGGGUUACUACCCUGGGAUACCUCUGGAGUGUCGCAAGCCCAGGGUUACUGCCCUGGUAAGUCAGAUGAAGGGGAGAUUGACGCUGCAUGAGAACGACCCAUCAGUAAACCUUAUAAUUUUAAAGGCUAAUGGAAAAGGAUUUUGUGCUGGUGGUGAUGUGAUAUCGGUAGUCGCUUCUUCAAUUGCUGGACACUGGACUUAUUCUGCAAUCUUUUACAAGAAACUACUUACAUUAGAUCAUUUCAUAGCAACCUACAAAAAACCAGUGAUGAAGGUGUCUCUCGUUAAUGGAGUGGUCAUGGGAGGAGGAGCUGGUCUAUCCAUGAACACAAACUUUAGAGUUGUCACUGAGAGAACUGUGUUUGCAAUGCGGGAAGCAUCUAUAGGACUUUUUCCUGAUGUGGGUGCUUCAUACUUUCUCUCAAGGCUUCCCGGUUAUUUUGGGGAGUAUCUAGGAUUAACAGGAAGACGUUUGAAUGGAGCAGAAAUGGUUAAAUGUGGCCUUGCUACUCAUUUCGUCCCUUCCAAGGAAAAGGAAAUAAAAGUUGACCGAGCAGCAAAGUGGAUCGAAGAUGCAUUAAAUUACAUGCGCGGAUCUUGUCCUACAGGCCUCAAGAUAUGGCUUAGAUCCGGUUCAAGAGCUAAGUUAUUCGAUAACGACAACAAGCCUACGUGGGAUCCUCCAAAGCUGGAGCUGGUUACUGAAGAAAUGGUAAAUCAAUUCUUCGAAAAUGUUGAGGAUGAGAAUUGGGAGUGUCUGCAACUUCCUCAUAGAUCAAACAUAACCAGCAAGCUGUAG